UUAAAAUAAUGAUCAGGACUGACCAUUCAAUGCGUCCUACUCCUACCAUGAAAAUUAAUGGGAUGAAAAAUCUCUCAGAUCCGUAAACUUGCAAAAUGGAAUGAAAUUUCCUCUGCUAGGCUAGCUGCUAGCUUGAGCAUGACAAAUGAACUAAUGAAAACAACUGGGCCUAUUAACGAGGUGGGUUCAGGCAUCCAGCAUUAUUUAUUUAUUUAUCUACCCAACCCUUAGGCUCUGUUUGGAAGGAGUACAAAUGCAAAUAUGUAGACCUUGCAUUUUGUAUGUAUUCGUACUCUUUCCAAACUGAGCCUUAAUUACAAGAUAAAAUGUCUGUCGAGCAAACUCAGCUCUCACGUACAAUCCACUAUAGUUAGGGCUAAGGUGGCGAUCCUAAAACGAUCUCUGCCUCAAAACCUUAGUAUGUAAGAAAAAUAAAAAAAACGGCGGUUUUUUGAAACAGAAUGACGGUUCUAAUCAUGAACCGGGUUUGGACCAACCUAAAUAUAUUCAACCGGUGAGAGAGAGGGGAGAAAAGUUAGACAAAACUCAAAAUGGUUUUGCUCCCGCGUCCUCUCUUAUUCGCGCGUUCCACAAAGGCAAAAGGUUUUGCCAAAGAGGAGUAUUUUUGUUGCAGAACUCCACUUAGAAGCAUGCACGAAAUUGUUGUUCAUUCUUUGACUGAGAAUGCAGGAAAAGUUUGAGGAGGCAUAGAAUCUCGAAAUCGUUGAAAUACAAGUUCAGAGACGCAUGGGAAAGCUCCUUGCAUGCACAAAUCACUUGAGAAGGCUCCUUGUAUGCAUGAAUCGAUCGAUUAGGAGAGGGGGGGAUUCUUUUCAUCGAUUGGGAGAUCUCUGUACCAGCAUCUAUCCUUUUUCAUUUGACCAAGAGAAGAGAAGGUAUCAUGGCUUUUGUCACAUGGCGAGUUCUAUUUGUAGCAAUUAUUGCCCUGCAAUCUACAUAGUACAUUCAGCUGAAUUGAAGAAGAGUACCAAGGCAAAACCGCCAUCCAUUAAGACACUUUUUGGUGUGUAUGAGUCUUUUGACACUAUAUGUAUAUAUCUGGAGAGUGAUCAAUCAGUUGGAAGUGAUCCAGACAAGAAAUUUUGGGUCAGAUACAGGAUGGUAGUGGUUAAUCAAAAGAACCCUGCAAAAACUGUGUGGAAGGAAUCUUCUAUCUGUACAAAGACAUGGAAUAAUUUUGUUUUCCAAUUCAUGAAGGUUUCUGAUAUGCUGGAACCAGAUGCAAGAUUCCUUGUAUGCGAUAUAGUUGUUAUUAUCUGCGAGAUCAUUGAUUGUUGCUCUUGGUUUGAGUUUUCAGAUCUGGAAAACUCAACACAUGGCAAAGGCAACAGCUUGGUAUAA